AUGGACACAAUUGUAUCCCUGCCUGUAGAGAGAGCUGUCGCUAUAUAUGGCGUUAUUGUGGCAAUUAUUCUCCAAACAAAGUUGGAGAGUGUUACAGCAUCAAACAUAUAUGCAGCCGAGUCUCUUAGAGCUGGAUAUGCAAUCUUUGCUUCCGGAAUUAUUGUGGGCUUUGCAAAUCUUGUCUGCGGGUUGUGUGUAGGAAUUAUUGGAAGCAGCUGUGCAUUGUCUGAUGCCCAAAAUUCUUCACUUUUUGUGAAGAUCCUUGUUAUUGAGAUUUUUGGCAGUGCACUGGGGCUUUUUGGAGUAAUUGUGGGAAUAAUCAUGUCAGCCCAAGCAACAUGGCCUUCUAACAAUUGA